AAUGGGACUCUCCACAUGCAAGUAGACCUUGAAAGCUCAGAAUCUCUCACAGAUUUCUCAGCUCGAUUAGGCAUCAUGGUUUGGACAAAUGGCACAAGUAUCUAUGUCAGAUUUCUUAUGUGGUUUCUUCUGUAUAUGUUUGUCAGGAAGGUAAUGCCUGAGGAUAACAUCAUUACAACCAAGAAAGGCAGAGUCAGAGGGAUGAACCUGCAGGUACUGGGGGGAACUGUAACGGCCUUUCUUGGAAUACCUUAUGGACAGCCACCCAUUGGUAAACUGAGAUUUCAAAAACCAGAGCCUCGUGAGAAGUGGUCAGAUGUAUGGGAUGCCACAAAACAUGCAAGCUCUUGUUACCAGCUUAUAGAUACAACUUAUCCAGGAUUUCCUGGAUCAGAGAUGUGGAAUCCAAAAACUAGCCUAAGUGAAGACUGUUUAUACCUUAAUGUAUGGGUCCCUUCUCCCAAACCCAAGAAUGCAACUGUCAUGGUGUGGAUAUAUGGUGGUGGCUUUGAGACUGGGUCAAGUUCCCUACCAGUUUAUGAUGGCAAGUUUCUGGCCAGAGUAGAAAGAGUCAUUGUAGUUUCCAUGAACUACAGGACUGGUGCAUUAGGAUUUUUGGCUUUGCCAGGAAACAAGGAAGCCCCUGGAAAUGCAGGUUUAUUCGAUCAAAGAUUAGCACUUCAGUGGGUCCAGGAGAACAUAGGAGCAUUUGGAGGCAAUCCAAAAAGUGUGACUAUAUUUGGAGAGAGUGCUGGCUCAGCUUCUGUCAGCUAUCAUAUCCUUUCUCCUAAAAGCCAUCCUUUAUUCACAAGAGCCAUCAUGCAAAGUGGAUCUGCAAAUGCCCCUUGGGCUGCAAUAACAGCAUCUGAAGCCAGAAACAGAACAGUAGCUUUAGCUAAACAACUCCAGUGUCCCAAUAGCAACGAGAAAGAGCUAAUUCUCUGCCUCAAAGGCAAGGACCCAAAGGAUAUAGUGGAGAAUGAAAUUUUUGUUGUAACAUAUCACUCACUUUUACAAAUAUUUUUUUGUCCAACUGUGGAUGGUGAUUUUCUCUCUGACAUGCCAGAAACAUUGAUUGAGAAUGGCCAUUUCAAACAAACACAGAUCUUAGUUGGUGUUAAUAAAGAUGAAGGAUCAGCAUUUCUAGUAUAUGGAGUCCCUGGGUUCAGCAAGGAUAGUGACGCCUUGAUCAAUAAAACAGAAUUUGAAACAGCUUUAACUGUGUCCUUCCCAGAAGCAAGCCAACUUGCAAUAGAAUCGAUCAUUUUUCAGUACACAGAUUGGGAAAAUGAGCAAAAGCCAGAACAGUACCGUGAUGCCAUGGAUGAUGUUAUUGGUGACUACAACAUAAUAUGUCCUGCAAUAGAAUUCACAAAAAAAUUUGCACAACUAGGACACAAUGCAUUCUUUUAUUUCUUUGAACAUCGAUCCUCAAAGCUCCCUUGGCCAGAGUGGAUGGGAGUAAUGCACGGUUAUGAGAUCGAGUUUGUGUUCGGAUUGCCCCUAGAAAGAAGAGUGAAUUACACCAAAGCUGAAGAAAUCUUAAGCCGGUCCAUGCUGAGAUACUGGGCAACUUUUGCAAAAACUGGAACUCCAAACGGGACCCUGAUAAAUGGAACAAGAUGGCCAGUCUUCACUAGUACUGAACAAAAAUAUUUGACAUUAAAUACUGACACUUCAGAGAUACUGACAAAAUUACAUGCUCAGCAGUGUCGAUUCUGGAAUAAUUUUUUUCCCAAAGUUCUGGAAACGACAGGAAAUAUUGAUGAAGCAGAACGAGAAUGGAAAGCAGGAUUCCAUCGCUGGAACAAUUACAUGUCAGACUGGAAAAAUCAAUUUAAUGAUUACACUAGCAAGAAGGAGAGAUGUGCAGGCUCUAAUUAAUAUGUUUACCCUUUCCAGUAUGUCCAUAUUACUGUUCAUAAGGGAAAUAUACAAGUAGCUUUCUAACACAUCUAGCAUUAAAUAUGUUAUGCAGAUUAAGAAAGUGUUAUGAACAUAAUUUUGGUUCCCCAGAUAUUUAAUUUAUAUUUUACCUCAUAUCUCAAUAAACAAUAUUAGGCACCCAUACAUCACUGGGUUAAAUAGGACUAUAGAGAUUAAAGUCUGAAGAUUAAUGAUGUACAUAUUAUAAACACUAGCUGCUUGAAUUCACACUUCAAAGAAACAAUGGAAUCUGUUAUAGAAAAAACAGAUUUUUUUUAAUAGAAAUAGCAUUGUUUUACAGUAUUGGCAUGCAAAACACAAUCACUUCUGAUCUUUAACUGCAAUGCCACAGCACUUAAAGCUUGCUUCAGACAUAAUUUAAUUGAUAUAAACAUAAAAAUAUCAUAACUUUGCUGGACACACCAAAUGGUAUUUUCUUGCUAGACCAAAAAGUUUUAAAACUGCUAUUAAAGGCUGAAUAAUUGCUUAUUUAUGGACAAAUCUGCAGGACAAAGCCAUAGUAGGAGAAUAUUCAAACUGUGUAUUGAAGGCCUAAAUCAUCGGAGCUCUGUGUGCAAGUGCAAUGGUGAAACAAAUCAGAAAAACUGAUGCCUCUGCUUCUGCUAUCCUUAUUUUUCAAGGAGUAAAGAGCUACAGAUUCACAGACAACGAACUCACUGCUUUCCUUGCUCAUGCACCCACCAUCUUCAACCGGUAAAUGUCUCUGCUAUGGAGGUAGGCUCCAAUUAUGUUUUUUUAAAUUUUUUUUUGGUCCACCAAUUUGACAUUUAUUGGAGCAUGACAGACAAGUUUUUAUAGCUGAAAAGCAGCAGCAAUCUGCGUGUCAAGAGGUUCAUCAGAAAUCAGCCAUGAAAGCCCUCCUCAGCUGCCAGCUCUCUGCAGGAGAGUGAAACAAAGCCCUUGCUCCCCUUCAGGAAGGCUGGGAAGGAUACCACUGCAGAGGGACAUUGUGAACUUGGUGGGAAGGAGCCAGCUCCUCGACAUGGUCAACUAAGCUCUAGUUGCCAUGCAAGUAGGCAUCUCCUGGACCCCUUUCUACCUACUUGAUGUGAACCUCUUAAAAGCUUCUAAAAAAAAAAAAAACCAAAAGGAAAACCACCCCCCAAAAACCAAACCAAAUCAAAAAAACCCCCACAAAACAAAAAAACCCAAGCAAAAAAAAAAAGGAAAGAAAAAACCCCACAAAACCUACCACAUACACACACACACACACACAAAAAACCAAACCCCAAACCACAAAAAACCCAAAACAAAAUAAAAAACCCCCAAACACACAAAAACCCCAAACCUUUGGAUAAUUCAUCUUCUUAUUUCCGUAUUUCUGGAUGGGGUUGCAAGUUGUAUGCCUGAAUAACACCUUAAUUGGCUGGUUUUCACUGGCCCAGCUGGGAAGAAUAAAUGCCAAAAAAAUGAUAAACAUAAGGAGUAUGCAAAAGCAACAAUCCGUCUCAUAAAUAAAUUAUCCUGAAGCUUUCUGUAAAUGUAAUAGCAUUUCAGUGCAUCUAUUUUCUGUUCUAGCGAUUGAAAGCUCUUGCAAAAUUUCUUAUCCGAGUAGACUGAAGAGAUCUAGAUAAUGCACAGUUUUCUCUUUCUGGCAAUCAGUUUGACCAGAAUUUGACCUUACACUGAAAAGGCUUUUUUUUGCAGAAUGGCCCAAUACUGCAAGACAUGAUGGCUUAUCAACUUCUCAGUUAUUUCUAAGAUAAUACAAUUAUUUCCUGACUAAAUUAUGGAAAACCACUUUUUAGCAUGGUAUUUCCAAAACUACAAUCAAACCAGUACAGUCAAAAAAGAUGGUUAUUUUUGAGGAAGCUGAUUAAAACUUGAAGUUGUCUGGGGUUAAAAAGCUCUCUUUAUUCAGCACUUCAUGUUUAUACCACAGGUAAUUAGCUCAUUAUGUACACUAGCACAGUUACUACUAUUAAUAGUUGCAUUGAGAGCUGUGUCAGUCUACAGUGUAUUGGGUAUUUAUCAAAUAUUUUUCACACCAGUGAUGAGCUACUGAAAAAAAACACAGAAGAAUGAACGUCCUGUCCUUCAUUGAGCCAGUCCUGCCACUCACGAUUUCAUUUAUGUGGUAUGCUUCAUAGACAUAAUGGGUGCUGAUCUGACACAGUGAGCCUUGACAGCACUCAUAUCACCUAAGUACAUUUAAAACCAUCAUUUUUUUUAUUUUGAUAUACUCUUCUUACCUGUAUUUCACUAUCUCUCUAAUCAGCUUAAUCAAUGGGAAGGAAAAAAAUCUGAGUAAUUAAAAUGCACAAACAUGCUUUUGGAAGGGUUGGUUGCAAAGCAGUUUAUUUUGCUGGGAAGGUGUGCUUUGUCUGUAUGUGCUGUGAGCAAGGCUGGAUAAGGUUUAUUUGAAGACUAUUAUCCUUUCCACAGUAUGCAUACCAUGCUUGUGACAUUUCAAGAAGGAAUAAGGAUGGAGGGAAGAGGAAUGAAAAGCAGAAGAAAAUAAAUAUUAAACCAAUUUUUUAAGUGUG